CCUUUAAAGCCGGGAUGCUGCGCGGUACUGAUGCUGCGGUCAGUGAGACCAACAGGACCUUACUGCAUCUCUGCUCUGUGUGAUUCAUUAAAUAUCCUGCUCUAAGCACAAAGUGUGGACCAGCUGGAAAGUCUGAUUCGGUUACACUGAGGGGAAUUGCAUUUGACCAGGAUUUUCCAAGCAGUCAUGGUGGAGAUGCGUGACUGAUCCCCGCACAGGAUCAAGUCUUCCGCCGGCUUGAACUUCCUCUCAGGAGCUUCACUGAGCCUGUGUUUCUCUCCUCCUGCGCCAGGUUCGUCAUGGUGGACGCGGCAGAAUGCGGAGUCAAAGUCAUGUGCCGGUUCAGGCCACUGAACGAGUCGGAAAUCACCAGAGGAGACAAAUACAUCCCGAAAUUUAAGGGCGAGGAAACUGUCGUUAUCUCGGGUAAGCCCUAUGUGUUUGAUCGAGUUCUUCCUCCAAACACAACUCAAGAGCUGGUCUACGAUGCCUGCGCUAAACAGAUCGUUAAAGAUGUUCUUGAUGGCUACAAUGGAACCAUUUUCGCCUAUGGCCAGACUUCAUCAGGGAAGACCCAUACCAUGGAGGGGAACCUCCAUGACCCCGAUCGUAAGGGCAUUAUUCCUCGCAUCGCUCAGGACAUCUUCGACCACAUCUACUCCAUGGAUGAGAACCUUGAGUUCCAUAUCAAGGUAUCCUACUUUGAGAUUUACUUGGACAAAAUCAGAGAUCUGUUGGAUGUCUCUAAGACGAACCUUGCUGUACAUGAAGACAAAAACAGGGUACCAUAUGUCAAGGGCUGCACAGAGCGCUUUGUGUCCAGCCCUGAGGAGGUGAUGGACGUUAUCGAUGAAGGCAAAGCCAAUCGUCAUGUCGCUGUCACCAACAUGAAUGAGCACAGCUCACGCAGUCACAGCAUCUUCCUGAUUAACAUCAAGCAGGAGAACAUGGAGACGGAGAAGAAGCUGAGUGGGAAGCUCUACUUGGUGGAUCUGGCUGGAAGUGAAAAGGUCAGUAAAACAGGAGCAGAAGGAGCUGUCUUGGAUGAAGCUAAAAAUAUCAAUAAAUCUCUCUCUGCUCUGGGCAACGUCAUCUCCGCACUGGCUGAAGGAACUAAGACGCACGUGCCGUACCGAGACAGUAAGAUGACGCGAAUCCUGCAGGACUCUCUGGGUGGAAACUGCAGGACCACCAUCAUUAUCUGCUGCUCACCAUCCGUCUUCAAUGAGGCCGAGACCAAAUCCACGCUCAUGUUCGGCCAGAGAGCCAAGACCAUCAAGAACACGGUGUCAGUCAACAUGGAGUUGACGGCCGAGGAGUGGAAGAAGAAGUAUGAGAAGGAGAAGGAGAAGAACAGAGGCCUGAAGAUCAUCAUCCAGCGGCUGGAGAAUGAGCUGAAGCGCUGGAGGAGAGGCGAAGCAGUUCCUGUUGAAGAGCAGCAGAAAAGUAAGGAAAUGAAGAACUCAGAAGCCACACCCACAAUCGACAGUCUGGCUCCGCCUCCCCAACCUCUUUGUGACACGGAGAAGACUCAGUACGAAGAACUAAUCAAUGAUCUCUACCAUCAGCUUGAUGACAAGGACGAUGAGAUCAAUCAGCACAGUCAGCUGGCAGAGUCACUGAAACAGCAGAUGGUGGAUCAGGAUGAGCUGUUAGCGUCGACGCGGCACGACUGUGAGAAGCUCCAGCAGGAGCUGAUGCGUCUGCAGCGUGAGCACGAGGCAGCCAAAGAGGAGGUGAAGGAGGUGCUGCAAGCGCUGGAGGAACUCGCCGUCAACUACGACCAGAAGAGCCACGAGCUGGAGGAGAAAGGAAGGAGCAAUGUCCAGCUCACCGAUGAGUUAACACAGAAGAGUACAAUUCUAUCCACUGUACAGAGGGAUCUGGCUACGCUGCAGGAAGUGAGUGGACACCACAAGAAGAGAUCUGCAGAGAUCCUGGGCAUGCUGCUGCGAGACCUCAGUGAGAUCGGCACCGUCAUCGGCACCAGCGACCUUAAGACACAGACAGUGGAGGGUCCUGGAGCGAUGGAGGAGGAGUUCACCAUGGCACGCCUCUACAUCAGCAAGAUGAAGUCAGAGGUGAAGUCGCUGGUGAACCGCAGCAAACAGCUGGAAGGAGCUCAGGCCGAAACGGCACACAAGAUUCAAGCCAAUGAGAAAGAGCUCGCGUCCUGCCAACUCCUCAUCUCACAGCUCCAGGCCAAGAUAAAAUCCCUGAGUGACUACAUGCAGAACAUGGAGCAAAAGAAGAGACAGCUGGAGGAGAGCCAGGACUCGCUGAUGGAAGAGCUGGCUAACCUCCACGCUCAGGAAAAGAUGCAUGAGGUGUCUGUGAUGGACAAGGAGAAGGAGCAUAUGAGCAAGAUGAAGGAUGCUGAAGAGAUGAAGAAAGCGCUGCAGGAGCAGAUGGAGAGUCACCGCGAGGCCCAUCAGAAGCAGCUCUCACGACUCCGAGACGAGAUCGUCGAAAAGCAGAAGAUCCUGGAUGAGCUGAAAGAUAUGAACCAAUCUCUUCAGCUGGAGCAGAAAAAGCUCAUGUCUGACUACGACAAGCUAAGAGAGGAAGAACAGGAGAAGGACAAGAGGCUGCAGAAACUAAUUUUAUUAAAUGAGAAACGGGAACAGGCCAAGGAGGAUCUGAAGGGUCUUGAAGAGACUGUGACAAAAGAGCUCCAAACUCUCCACAAUCUGCGCAAACUCUUCAUCGACGAUCUUAACACACAUGUCAGGACAAAUGUAGAGUUGGAUUCAGAGGAGGCAGGAGGCAGCUUGGCUCUGAAACAGAAGAUCAUUUUCCUGGAGAACAAUCUGGAACAGCUCACCAAAGUCCACAAACAGUUGGUGCGUGACAAUGCAGAGCUGCGCUGCGAGCUGCCUAAGCUGGAGAAGCGUCUUCGAGCCACAGCCGAGAGAGUGAAAUCCCUUGAGACGGCAUUGAGAGAGGCGAAGGAGAACGCCAUGAGAGACCGCAAGCGCUACCAGCAGGAGGUGGAGCGAAUCAAAGAGGCGGUCAGGGCCAAAAACCAGGCCAGGAGGAGCCACACAGCACAGAUCGCCAAGCCCAUUCGCGCUGGACACCAUGCCGGACAUCACCCAGGAGCCUCUGGCUCACCGGGCCAUACCAUCAGAGGAGGGGGGGUGCAGAGCCCGCAGCGUCAUCACUACCACCAGAUGCAGGCAGCUCAGCAGCACUACCACCACAGCAGCAACAGCAGCAAAUAAACAAUGGAGGAAAAAAAGCGUAGACCUCCAUCUAGACUUCAUCUGUCCACUAGAUCACGUUUUUGUAGUUCUGGAAAACCAACACAACCGCCGAAGCCUCUGAUCACGCUCAGUACUGGACAGAAACUCUACUUCCUUAUCCUAUGGUGGAUUGGAUUUGUACUCACACACACACACACACACACACACACACGUGAAAACAAGGAGCAGUCUGUUACAUUCAAUUGCGCACAAUUAGUGUGUGUCCCAAACUUAGAGAGUUCAUUCCUGCUAGCUAAUCAUGUGAUUAGCGGCUCGUAUUUAUAACAUAAGUCAGUACAUUCAGCUAAAUCCUGACAGAAAGCACAGGACCGCUAAACACACAUGACCUCUGGCUAUAUGUUACACCUCACAGAGCUAAUGUCUUUUUCAUUGCACAAUCAUUAGAAUGUUUGUUCGCUGCUCAACGUGUUCUUCAGUGUUAAUACUGCUGUGUGUGUUAUGGGCAAUACACACGGCCACUGCAGCUACAUCAUUUAAACGCACUUGGAAUGAAAUCUGUCUGUUUUUUUAUGUUUUCUUAAAAUAGCUGAUGUUCAAGUACUAACCGGACUAGUGUUUGGGACAUCAUGUUAUCUUAGAUUUGCCAAAAAUUGACCAAAAAUACUGAUCCCCAAACUGAAAUAAUGGAGCCAUGAGAAUCUUUAACACCCUUAAGUGUAACUCGAGGGCAUUUCUGUGGUUCCGAGAAUUGGCAGCAGCUCAGUAGGUCUUUAGUUUUUAGUUUUUAUUGCCUACCUGAAGCGUGUAGAGACACAACAGGGAAUGUAGUCUGCUUUAGAACUGGCACAGUGUUGUUUUUAAAGCAGGAGACUUCAUCUGCGGUCCUGUACUACCACAGUCCAGCAGUGUGAGCGAGUGAGUGAGUGAGUGAGUAAGAGAGAGAGAUCAUCACACUGUGCUGGACUCCAAGAGCAAAAGUAAAUGCACCCUAAGAUUUAAAAUGUCUGGAUUUUUUUUUCCGCAAUUUUUUUAAUCAAUUACUUUUCAAUAUUUUUGUAUAAUUAUGGAUUUAGAUUUGGAAUUCAUUUAUUUCUUCUAAUUAUUGUUUCAUUUUUGAGAAUUAGCAUCAUUUGUAUAUUUUUGGAGAGUUUUUCAAGGAACUUGCUAAAGUAUUAUUAUUUAUUAAUGAUUUUUUUUUGUUAUAUAUUCUGACUAUAUACUUUUCAUUUUGAUUUAACAUCUCUAGCACUGUAUUUAAAAGUAGACAAUACAUUCUUUAAUGGUUUAUUUUUUUAAAUGGCUGUGAGAGAAUUGUCCGGUCAUCAUUAGCUAAAAAACAAAGGCGGACUGCAUGUAUGCGGAUGGCAAAACCUUGAAGAAUUAUUUUUAGAAGAUUUACAGUAUACGGAGAGAACAAUAUGUGUAAAAGAUCUGAUUAAAAAGGUUUGAUUACAGGUGACAGUGUGGAGACAGUAAUGAGCACUGAGCUCUGUACAAAGUAAAACACAUAAUAAGCCAUGUAGCAGUGUCGAAAAGCACAAGUUCAAACACAGACCUACAAUAUUUUGUGUCCAUGACAAAAUAAAAGUAGACAUAAUAAGGAAUAUAUUCAAUUUAUUAAAUUAUGCAUCAGAAGAUUUUUAGUUUUGUUUUGGAAAGAACAAAGUAUAUCAGCUGAAGGGGAAAUAAAGAUAUGUCUCAGUUGCUGCUGUUUGAGAGAAAAGCCAGUUCAAGUAACAAAUAAUGGUCAAUACAACUAAAAAAACAAAACAACAUGUUAAUUUUAUGUACAUGCGAUGUCACAAAAAUGAGCUGGAAUACAUCAGAAGUUUGCACCAUUAUAUUCUGCAAGAUAAUUGUUUUAUUAACAGUUAGCAUAAAAACAGUAUAUAAAGCUCUAGCUACAGAAAACUAUUAUUCAAUAACUAUUCAAACUCAAUUUGUAAACUUCUAAAACUCGCCGAUCUCAAGCAUAAAUCAGUGCUAAAACUGAAAUAUGCUCACAGUGCAUUAUUGCAUUAUGGGUAAUAGGAGCAGUUCCUUGGCAAGUGAGACUACCACAUAUGAACACUGAUAUAUUAUUGUAUAUUUUAAAAUCUUAUUAGAGCAGAUUUUAUGCUUUCUAGCAUUCGGGAUAUUUCGUAAAAUGUGUGACGUUCUGGUAGAAACACUAAUGCAUUUCCAAUGCAAAAACUUUUUGAUCAGGCCUUGUUGGUCGGAUUUGAGGUUCCUGCACAGAAAAGGAUUAAGGAAAGAGCUAUUUCACUAAUUCUUCCAUUUUACAAUCAGUAUAAGUUUUAUUUUAUUUAUUUUCUGUGUCGAUGCUGACAAGCCACUCAGAUCAUCGAGCAGAGUUCCAGGCAAAAGUGCAAAAACCUGAAUCGUUUCAUAACUACCUCAUUUACAUCAGGAUGCAUCGUUAAGUGAUUGUAUUCCUUUUGUCAUCAUGCUGACUAAUCAAUCAGCAUCUGGCUAUAGGAAAGACUGGAUCUUUUUAUUUAUUUAUUUUUUUUUACAUAAUGAGUUGUACAUUUUGCAUUUGUAAACUUUUUAAUAACUAAAUGUAUUUUUUUUUUACACUGGCUGUUUUAUCUUUUUUUUCGUAUUCAACAAAAUGCAAGAUUGUGAAUUAAAGUAUUUGUAAACCCUGAUAUACAUCUUACAGACAGCUCAGGAUUCAGCACUGAUCCCCUUUUAAAUAAGAGCACGAUGAGAUGAAGCAAGAUUUCUAAAAUGUCAUUAACUUGUUUUGGAGUUGAAAAUGGUAAUUUUUUUCUUUUUAGAUUGAUUUUGUUCUUUAUUGAAAGCUUAAAUCAAACCUUCUAAUUCACUUCCUCUGUCCAGAUGAUUGAACAGUUGGUCGCUGCAGUGUUAUGUGCCAUGUGGUGUCAUUCUCAUUGAAAUGUGAAGUUGUAAGCAGAUAUUUAUGACCAUGAUAUUGGGCAUUAUAUGAUUCCACUCCUACAAUAAAAGAUAUCCUGCUCAUCACAGAUCAGUAUCCACACACACACCUGCAGUGUUUACAGCCAUCGACUAGUCUCACGCCAUCACACUUGUACUCUGCUCUCUGUAUUUGUUCAUUAUUGGUGUGAUGGAUCACAGAUCCAUUUCGUUCCAGUAGACUUUGUCGUAAAUGUCUCGCACGUCUGUGUUUCUUGUCGAAAAUGUGUGCUGCGUUGUGCUCAUAAGUAAACACGCCUUGAGUAAACAAGCACAGAACCGAAGGAAACUCUGAGUCAGUGUAAAGACGUCCAUGUUACAUCAUCUCUGAUGGUGCUUCUAUGAGAAAUCAGUGAUUAACAGUGAUGACUUUUUAUAUUCUGUCCAUUGAGGACUGAUGAUGUGUGAUAUUAUCACUAUCAUAUCACUCUGCAGUGUUCCUUGCUCCUUCAUGUUGAUUGACUUCAGUGGUAUAAAAAUUUGGAAAUGUUCUGAUGUGAACAUACAGCUAAAGUGUACAGGAUCAGACACAGUGAUUUGUAUCUUGUAUAACUGCACGUUGCAGAAGGAAAUAAACUAAAUAAACUUU